AUGCCUUCUCCCGCAAAGGCCGCCAGCGCGAUUCCGCGGCCUCUGUCGGAGAUUUCGCCGACCGAGAAGCGGCGGAACUCGCCGAGCUGGAACCAGACCACCAAAAAAAUGACACUCACCGACUCAUCUCCGUUCCAGUCGUCGCCCUUGGACACGGCGACUUCGCCGCGUCUCUUCUGGCAGAACCGGAGCUUCAACUCUGAGAACAGCCACGACGGUCGCUCCGGCUCGCCGUCGCCAACCCGCCGCUCUUCAAUUGAGCGCCUGCAAAAGGCCUCGCGCGUCAAGAACAGCAACAUCUUGGCGCUCGAGCAAAAGCAGGAGUACGACCCGACUCGCAUUCCCCACAUCGAGCGUCCGCUGGCAAAAGUCCAGGGCAGCGCUUUUGGCGGUGCCAGCGCUGCCAGUCUCCGCUCUGAGAACCGCGGAGUCGGCCACAAGAGAAGCGAGAGCAAGACCAGCAUACCCGUCCUGAGUCCCACCAAGUCGUCGCUUCCGCGGCCAACAAGCCCGCCGGUGCGCCCCAUGACGCCCAGCAAGGACCAGGCGUCGCCCACCAAGUCGUCGCUCUCGUCGAGCCGCUUCAAGAGUAGCUUUGAUACAGAGACCGGAACCUGGUCCGAAACUUCUGGCUCCGAACGUCACCUGCCCGAGGGCAGAUCACUCCAUCGGCAUGCCAAGAGCGUCACCUUCGACGCGGCACCGCCCCAGGUCAAUGAGUAUGAGAUGGCCACCCCGGAUCUGUCAUCCAUUGGCAGCAACUCCAGGGAAGGCAGUUAUGAUUCCGAUGAGGAUGAUGAUGAUGACGAUCACUACAUGAUUCACGAUGGUAUCGACAUGGACGACAGUUUUGACGCCUCUCUGGAGGAUACUGACAAGACCCCCGUGGUCGGUCCCGAUGACUGGAGACACGAUGGCCAUGACGACGACCCUUUUGAGAAAAGCCCAAUGCCAGACGAUGUGGCGCCCAUUGUGAAGCCACCUCACCAUCGCACUGACUCGUCCAAUUCAAAUGGCGAGAGUCGCCCUCUGCCGCCCCUCCCCGGCAUGGGUCAGUUCGGGACGCCGGAGCGCCAGAGAAGCUUGCCUUCGCCCCCUCAAGCAUCAAGUCCCAAAUCUGAGUUGCAGAACAUUGGCACAGGCAAGAUGUCUCUUGAAGAGCGCCUCAAGCUUAUGAUGCUUUCCGACGAUGGCAAGUCAGCGGCUGAGCAGCAGCGGGAACGCCGUAUGAGGCGCGCCGGACCUCGGGACCGCGGUGAUAGCCAGACGCCGGAGCGCGAGACCCGAAGCCCAAGCUCCCAGCCUCGCUCAGGCGACGAGGAAGAGGACACCAUUGGAGAGCUUUCGGGUCUUGAGGAGUACCAGCUUCCUCCCCGCAUCUCGCGUGAGUCCAUCAUGCGCCGCGUGAACGGAAACAAGAUGCUGGACCGCGAGUCAGAUUAUCAUUUUUCGUCGCCUCCUCCGGCCUCGUCUCCCGAGCACGCUUUCCAGUAUGAUCCCGACGUGCCAAUCCCAAGCACUGAGGAUUCCAUGCUGGGUGAGGAGACCGACGACGAGGGCAGCGUUAUCGUCAAACGUGAUGCCGAGGACAAGGAGUUUGAUGUCUAUUCCAUCCCCGACAUGUACGAUGUAUCUGAGACCCUGGAUGGUGAGGACCUGAACGGCGACAAACGGCAGUCCGACGAUGACUGCGAGAGUCAGUAUUCCAAUGACAACGAGGUUCAGGAGAACAAGGGUCAGGACCUGGAAGAUGACCAGGCUCCUACUCCCCGAGCCACUACCCCAGUCAAUGACCCGCCCGCUGGUAUUCAGGACUUCAGCUCUGCGGCAUCACUGGAAAUUCCGGCUGCAAAUGCGGGCAACGAGUUCUCCAAGGACUGUGAGUCGCCCCAACUGGCCAAAUCCGAGGAAGCAAAGGCGUCUGCAGAGCCUGAGAAGACCACCAUGACCGAUGAUGGAGCAUAUCCCCAUCGGCCCUUCACGCCAGAGCAGCAACUCAAAAGGUCCAUGACCAAGCCCGAAUACGACGGAUCCGGCUGGGGUGAGCCUGAGGAGGGGUACGAUGACCCCGGCACGCCUGAAUCGGUCAUCCACCAUCCUAUGCCUGACAGUGACGACGAAGAAGCUCGGCACUCUCCUGCAAUCCCCGAACAAGUAGCCACUGUCAAGUCUACAUCCGGCUCAAAGCUCAAGACACGGCCCUCGGCAACUCCCGCGGACCUAGCGGCCAUGCGGGAAGCUCGACGCCAGGUCAGCCGUGAGGUACCCGAUAUCCCACCGAUCCCGGAGCGGAGCCGCAGCCGCAUCUCGCGCGACAUGGGCGCCGAGACGAGCCAGGCCAACGGUGAAGACUUCCUCGAGCGCCAUCCGAGCUUUAAGAAACGCAGCCUGACGCUGGAUCUGGACCUCGGCCUCAGUCUUGACAAGGAUUUUGAUCGUGUCAUUGAAGCACAAAAGCGCGGCUACCUCAUGCGACAGAACACGAAGCUGGUUGCCGCGAGCGACAAGGAUACCGACGACCUGCGCGCCUGCCGGUCCGCCGGAAACUCUCCAGUGAAGGCGGCACGACCCCAGUCAUGGACCGUCGAGCCGUGGAACGGCCAGCCGAGGAAACGCAGCAUCCGCAAGAGAACCCCUGCGAGCGGACCAGUCCCGCCGCUCCCCGGUCAGGAGAGCAAUGCCGCGGCACUAACCCAGCUCAGCGAGGAAGAUUUGGCGGCCGAGAUGUCGAACGGCGAGAGCGGUGAGCGAGGAAGGCUUUUUGUUAAGGUGAUGGGAGUCAAGGACCUCGAUCUGCCGCUCCCUAAGAACGAGCGCACGUGGUUCAGCCUCACACUUGACAACGGUGUGCACUGCGUCACGACAGCAUGGCUCGAGCUUGCCCGAAACGCACCCAUUGGACAAGAAUUUGAGCUGGUCGUGCCUAACGAUCUCGAGUUCCAGCUCACGCUCAACGUCAAGCUGGAGAAGCCCGUCCCGCCGCCGUCCACCCCAGCGGCCCUGAAGAAGGCGCUACCCUCCCCAACCAAGUCGAGCAAGCCAAAGACCUCCACCUUCAGCCGCGUGUUCGCCUCGCCCAAGAAGCGCCGCGAGAUGGACCUCCGGCAGAAGCUGCAGCAGGAGGAAGAAGAGCGCCUGGCGGCCCAGCAGCGCGAGGCGCAAGCCCGCCUGCAGAUCAAGGCCGCGCAGCCGACGGCGUGGGAUCUGCUGUCCCCGCUUGCCGCCGAGGACGGCAGCUUCGCGCGCGCCUACGUCUGCCUCAAAGAGCACGAGUCGCGCUGCUUUGGCCGCCCGUACCUGGUCGAGGUGGCCGCCUUCAACGAGUGGGCCACCGAGGAGGCCGGGUUCGCGUCCAGCGUCAAGAGCAAGCGCAGCGGCACCGGCGUCGUCCGCCGCGCCCCCUACAAGAUUGGCAAGCUCGAGCUGCAGCUGCUGUUUGUGCCUCGCCCCAAGGGGGCUACCGAUGAUGACAUGCCCAAGAGCAUGAACGGGUGCAUCAGGGAGAUGAAGGCGGCCGAGGAGCGGCUUGCGCGCAUGUGGGAGGGGCAUUUGAGUCAGCAGGGAGGAGAUUGUCCGUACUGGCGUCGCCGCUACUUCAAGCUGGUGGGCACCAAACUCACAGCGUACCACGAGGCGACGCGGCAGCCGCGAGCGACUAUCAACCUUGCCAACGCCAAGCGGCUGAUUGACGACCGGCGCACGCUCAUGGAAAAAGAAACGACGGGCAAGAACGGCAAGCGCCGACGGUCCGCCUUCGCCGAGGACGAGGAGGGCUACAUGUUUGUCGAGGAAGGGUUCCGCAUCCGCUUCAACAACGGCGAGCUUAUCGACUUUUACGCCGACUCGACGGCCGACAAGGAGGGCUGGAUGAAGGUCCUCGGCGAGGUGAUUGGCCGCGACAGCCUCGGCAGCGGCAGCGAUGACGAGGCCACCGGCUCGUCCAGGGCCAAGGGCAAGUGGUGCGAGCUCGUGCUCAAAAGGGAGGAGGCUAUCAGGAAGAGGGCUGAGGGGAAGAGAGUCCAUUCCCGCACCAAGAGCUCGUACAUGUAA